AUGGUGAAAGCGAGUGAGAAAGAACAUGAAAAGUACAAGCCGAAAUUGUUCGAUUUAGAGAACGUGAAGAAGAAGAACUCAUCUUCAAGGCAUUUCAAGAGAUGGAACUCAGAUUCCGCCUUGAGAAUUGAAGAUCCAGACAUUGAUGAUGGCACUGUUUUCAAGAAAACCGCGACCUCCAGCAUCCAGCCAAUUCUACCGGUUCUGGCUAUGGAUGAGCAACCUCAGCCGCGUGAAGCAACUGAUGAAGAAUCACAGAAAGAUUCAGAAUUGGAGCAGAUGAAAGAUAAGUUUGCAAAAUUGCUUUUAGGAGAAGACAUGUCAGGAGGGAGCAAAGGCGUUUCUUCAGCGUUAGCAUUAUCAAACGCAAUCACAAAUCUUGCAGCUUCUGCGUUUGGAGAAAUACGGCGUUUAGAGGCAAUAUCCGAGGAUAAAAAAGAACGAUGGAGAAGAGAAAUCGGAUGGCUUCUCUCUGUUACUGAUCAUAUAGUUGAAUUCUCUCCAACACACCAAACUAACGAGGAUGGAUCUUCCAUGGAGGUAAUGACUACAAAACAAAGAACUGAUCUUGUCUCCAACAUUCCUUCUCUAAAGAAACUCGAUGAAAUGCUCCUCGAUUGUCUUGAUAAAUUCAAAGAUCAGGAUGAGUUUUACUACGUCACACCCGGUUCUCCGGAAUCUGAAAACAGUAACUCGACCAGGAACGAUGAUAAAUGGUGGCUUCCGAUUGUAAAAGUUCCACCUAAAGGCUUAUCAGAAACUUUGAAAAGGUUUUUACUAAGUCAAAGAGAGUGUGUGUGCCAAGUGCUUAAUUCCGCAAUGGCCAUAAACUCUCAAGUUCUUACUGAAAUGGAGAUCCCUGAGAGCUACAUCGACUCACUUCCUAAGAAAGGGAGAGCUAGUCUUGGAGACAUGAUCUAUAGAAUGAUAACAUUAGAGAUGUUUGAUGCAGAGCAAUUUCUUCUUGAAAUGGAUUUAUCAUCUGAGCACAAGAUUCUUGAUUUAAAGAACAAAUUCGAAGCUUCGGUUGUUAUAUGGCAGAGAAAGAUAGUGCAAAUAGACAACAAGUCAUCGUCUCCGUGGAGUACGAAUUUGAGUAUGGAUAAGAGACAACAGUUAGAAGAAAGAGCAGCAACCAUUUUGCAACUUAUCAAACAAGAAUUCCCAGGGAUCUCUCAAUCCACACUUGACAUCAGCAAGAUUCAAUUCAACAGAGAUAUAGGGUUAGCUAUAGUGGAGAGUUAUUCGAGAAUUCUUGAAAGCUUGGCUCACACGGUAAUGUCAAGAAUAGAAGAUGUUCUUGAAGCUGAUCAGCUAACACAAAACCCUGAGCUCGCGAUGUGUAAGAUCCAUAUAGUGAAGGAAACAGAGAGUCCAGAGAAGGAAGAAGAGCCAAAUUUUUGUCUUUUAGAAGAUAGACCUAAAAAGCAGAAGCCUACCAUUUCACUAUCUGAGGUAAUGCAAUGGAAUAUCGAAACCAAUGAACCGAGGAAAGAAAAGAGCGACAAGAAACUUUUAACCAGAGUGUCAAGCAUGAUCAUGUCUAACAACAAGAAGACUACUUAUCUUGAAUCUCUUGGAACCACAAGAAGUCCAACCGCGGGGCGAUACUCUUGAAAAAAAAAAUAUUUCUUUUGUAAAAUUAGGGGAAGAAAAAACGUUUCAAAUGUAACAGAUAAACAGAAUAUACAUAAAAUUACUUAAAAGGGUUUGCAGUAUUGAGAAAUGUUGAUGAGUUUUAGAAGGAAGAAGAGAAAGGUAACAUGAAUAUAGAUCAGAGCUUGCCGCGAGGACCGAGCUUAGGCGGCUCCUGAGGACCUCUCUUGAUGGGAAGAACUUCGCCGGUAGAGGUAGCGCUGACAUAAGUAAGCAAAGAGCC